AUGUGCCAGACCUUCUACUUCGAGCACGACGACUGCACCUGCAUCUACAUCCCAGCCAAUUUCACCCCUUGCGCCGCCUACUCUCUGGCUCAUGCAGAAGGCAAAUCCGAACCACCUAACCCCUUUGCCGAUCCGGAAGACCCUCCCCCAGAGCCCGACCCCUUCGCCGACCCGGAAGACCCCUUCGCUGACCCGGUCCCGGAAGCAAAUCCCUUAGGCGUGGCUUCCAGACCCAAGCUUCUGACACAGGCGUACGGAGGCCUCGAUUUCACCUAUGACGAUGUCGACUUCGUGAGCGUGGACGUCAGUGGUACGAGGGCGCCGAAGGGCCUGGAAUGUUCAGAGGGGUUUGCGCCAAGGCUGGCUCAUCGGGCUGAGGGUGGAUUUGUGGUGUGCGCGCUCUGUGAUAGGCCUGAUGUGUUGGAGUUGGUGGGGUGGAUGGGGAUGGGGAAGGACGAGCACAAGCACAAGGACGUGGACAUGGACGUGGACAUGGACAUGGGAAAGGACAAGGACAUGGACCUGGGAAAGGACAAGGGGAAAGAGGAGGAGGAGGGGAGAGAAAGGGAAAAGAGAAGGAGAAGGGCAAGCCGAAGGAGAAGGGUAUCCGCCAUAAGACCGCGCUCGUCAGAGCAGCGGUUGUGA